UUUUUGCAUUACCCGCCGCUUCCCGUCUCGCACGCUUAUUUUUAAUUUUAAUUUUUUUUCUUGCUCUGUUUCCUGUUCUGUCGACAAAGUUGGUUGUUUCUUCGCUGGAGUCGGAGAUGGAUGUUGUUGUCUAGGCCAUUGCUUUUGGGCGAGCGAUUGUUGGAACAGGUUGAGAAUCUGAGAGUCUCCGCAUAGCAUGAGCGAGAGAGCCAGUAUGACGGGCUAGGGGAUGAUAUGACUUCCUCGGUGUGACAGCCACUUGCAAUGCAGACCGCAUCUGCACCUAUGGCUGCCACACAAGGACACUGGGGAGUUUCUAAUGCAGCUGGAAGUCAGCAGCAAGAGUCACCCCAAGGCUCUCCUUUCGGGCCUCCCACUCAUUUCGCUGCACAACAAAAUGCUACUAAUAUAAACCCUAGUGCUAUUAACUCUGCCGUUCGACCUAUGUUACCCCUCGUCACGGCACCAGGUGCUCAAUAUAGUGUCCCUCCCCCUCAGUCGCAACCAAGUCACGGGAUGCCGUCAAGUACUCACCUGGCUAGGCCUAUCUCAAACGAAGGUGCAAGGCCGGGGAUGACGCCACCAGCUCCAGUGUCUUCUGGUUUAUCCCAGGCUGUAUCAAAUAAUUUAGGAUCUCCUCAACCACCCUCUUAUCAACGACACCCAUCUAAUGUUGGGAUGGGGUCUUUGCAACAACCAGGACCUCCAUGGAUGCAGCCAGCACAACAUUUUCAGCGUCCUCCUUACAUGCAUUAUUCAGGAAAUUAUGCAGGGCCUUUCCAGGGACAGAUGCGUCCUAUGGGACCACCUUCCAGUGGGAUGCUAGUAGGACCUGCGUCAGGUUUUACACCAGGUUUUGUAAUGCCUGGUCAAGGUACCCAGCGUCCUGUGAUGUGGUCACAAUUGACUCCUGGGGCACCAGUUGCAAGGUCUCCUGUAAUGACGAUCACUGAUGAGAUGAACAGGGCCCCAAGUGGGAUUACUGGAGCUUCCGCAGCUCUUCCAGAUAAACAGUCAAUGUUGUCGGGUUCCACUACCAGUAAAGGUCCAAGCCAUGUGUCUGCUGAUCCUGCAGAUGUGUGGACCGCUCACAAGACGGAUAACGGAGCUGUUUAUUAUUAUAAUUCUGUCACUGCUCAGUCUACUUACACACGACCUGAGGGGUUUAAAGGGGAGCCAGCUAAGGUGACAACUCAGCCCACGCCUGUCUCUUGGGAGCGUCUGGAUUCCACGGAUUGGGCGCUUGUGACAACUGACGAUGGCAAAAAGUAUUACUACAACACGAAGUCACAGGCAAGCUGUUGGGAAGUACCUCUCGAGGUUGCAGAACUUCGUAAGAAAAAAGAAGAGGUUUCCAGAAAACCUCGUAUUGAGAGUGUUCCUACUGGGAUUUCUACGGCUGAUAAGAGUCCUGUAUCAUUUACACUCAAUGUGCCAGCAGCAAUAACUGGCGGUCGAGAAGCAAUGGGGCACAAAGCUGCUGCCAACUCUGCCUUAGACCUCAUUAAGAAAAAACUGCAAGAUUCGGGUGCUCAAAUGACGGUUUCACCAACGACUGCGAUCGCUCCAGGAGCAGGGAAUGCUGUGAACGGCGUAGCUCCAGUUGAUGCUAGUGUUGGAAAGGGGAUGGUGGUUGAUGUUGUGAAAGACAAGGCCUCGAAAGGCGAUAAUGCUUCCUCAGAUGAAUCAUCUGAAAGUGAGGAAGAGGACCUAGAGCCAACCAAAGAGCAGAAGGUUCAUGAGUUUAAGGAAAUGCUGAAGGAGAAGGACGUGGCCCCGUUUUCGAAAUGGGAGAAGGAACUACCUAGAAUCAUUUUUGACCCACGAUUCAAGGCCAUUCCUAGUCAUACCGAGCGACGGUCCAUUUUCGAUCAUUACGUUCGGACAAGGGCUGACGUUGAGCGAAAGGAGAAGCGGGCUGCACAGAAGGCUGCUAUAAAAGGGUUCAAGGACCUUCUGGGGGAAGCAGCGAAGGAUGUCACGCAUACAACUACCUAUGACAGUUUUGCGAAGAAAUGGGGUCAAGACACUCGCUUUGAAGCUUUGGAGCGGAAGGAUCGUGAAUCUUUGUUGAUUGAAAGAGUUGCUCCGCUUAGAAAAGCAGAAGAGGAGAGGGUCAAAGCUGAACGUGCAUCUGCCGUAGCUGGCUUUCGAUCUCUUUUAUCCGAGAAGGGUGAAAUCAGUUCUACCAGUCGCUGGUCCAAGGUAAAAGAAAACUUGCGAUCUGAUCCUCGGUACAAGCUUGUAGAGCGGGACGAAAGAGAAGAUCUGUUUAACGCUAUGGUUGCAGAACUGAGAGCAGUAGAGAUGGAAGCGGAGAGAGCAGCUGAAGCGAAGAAGGAAGAAGAGGAUAAACUGAGAGAUAGAGAACGAGAAGCACGCAAGCGCAAGGAGCGGGAGGAACAAGAGCUUGAAAGAGUGCGUGUAAAAGCUCGCCGAAAAGAUGCUGCUACAGCUUAUCAAGCCCUCCUGACCGAGAAGAUCAAGGAUCCCGAGAUGUCUUGGACUGAAGCUCGGUCAAAGCUGGAGAAGGAUGCUUUGGGUCGUGCUUCUAAUCCAGACAUUGACACUACGGAGAGAGAACGAAUCUUCCGGGUGCACAUUGAUGGAUUGUAUAAUCGCUGUGUACGGGACUUCCGGUCGCUUCUAUCAGAUCUGAUCACUCCCGAGGCUGCCGCUAAGCACAAUGAGGAGGGAAGAACCCCACUGAACUCUUGGCACGAAGCUAAGAAGGUCUUGAAAUCGGACCCUCGUUACAAUAAAAUGCCGCGACGAGGUCGAGAUUCCUUGUGGCGAAAGCACGUUGAAGAUGUGCAGCGGCGAACUAAGGCAACAAAUUCAAUCAACAAGGAUGACACCCACUUCUCUCCCCCCCGCGGAAGGGCAGUGACACCUCCCAGGUCUCAUCACAGGUCUCGAUCACCAGGGAGACGUGCUCGGCGUUGACAGUGCGGUAUUUUUCAGAUUCCUUCAGAGAAGAAUGAGUGAAGAGACUAUUCAGCUUGUGCACUUUUCUGGGAGCUCUUUCUCCAUAUUCUCCUGUCGUAGCAAACUGUUUUGGUCAGAUAUGUAGCUUUUGGUGCGUACUCUAGCUCAGCUGUUUUGAGGAAACCCUUGUUUCGAAACAGGGUAUAUAAUUCUUGAGCACCCCUCCAACCGACAUCCUUCAAUUGCAUGAUCAAGAAUGUUCCGUAAGAGAGACAAUAAAUAAGUUGUUAAUUUCAUGUUUCGGAUCGUCUUUUGUGUUUAAGAGUUAACAAUGAAAUCGGGUGUAGUAGAAAAACUAGUCAUAUAUAUAUAUAUGGUUGAUGGAGAAAAACACUUUUACAGGGGUUUACACUAUGUACAUUAUGUAUAGUCUAAAGUGCAAAAGUGCAAAACUUUGGAGUUAAA